GUAAAAAAUGUCAACUGGCGCAAAUCUUCUCGUCAUGAACGACACAUGCAAGUCAAAUCGUUGGUGGAAGACGAAACAGGAGAAAAAGCACUCUGAAAUCAAAAAGGUGAAGACCCUAAAAUCCACGUGGGACAAGAAAAUGGAGUUGAAAGCGAAAAAAGAUAUGGUCAAAAGGGUUCAGGACAAUAUUCGAGAGAAACAAGUACAAGAACGACAAGAAAAGAAGGAAAGAAAAGUGGAACAGGAGAAGCGACGGCUGGAAAACGAGAGAAAGGCUGAAAUUGUGCAGAAAAUCACGAAAAUCCACAAGCUGAAAAAGACGAAGAAACGCCAGCUCCGCUCCAUUCAAAUGCGUGAUACUACACAAGUGACCAAGUGAUUCCAAAUAAUUUUUUUGUUGAUUUUCAUUCAUUUUCCGUUGUUCUUGUUGUCCAUUUUCAUUAAUAAAAAAGUGUUUCGAAA